UACAUAUCAAUAAGAUGUUAUGUCAUUGGUUACGCUUGCAGUUACGGGGAGAUUGCGAACAUCAAUUCUUCCCAGUCUGAUAAUUCAUGAUAGGUCACGUUCUGAAAUAGUGAAUUCUAUUUACAAUGUGUACGAGUUCACUAUGUACAUGUCCUGAUGUGUGUGUAUAUACAGUAUAUACACUCAGAGGACAGUUUAUUAGGUACUGGGUCAGACCCCUCAGGAAGAAAAAGAAACGCACACCUAUUUAGGCGAGGUGCUGGCUAGCGGAGAAGAAAACUUGAAAAUAAAAGAGAGCUGCACACUCUAGGAGCUCAGAUGCAAAAAUUGAAUUACCAACGUUUCGACAGCCAAGCUGUCUUCAUCAGGGUAUAAUCACAAACACUGGUUCGGACCCCCCCCUUUGCUUCCAGAACAGCCUGAAUUCAUUGGGGGUAUUGAUUAUACAAGGUGUUGACCAAUUGGUAUCAAGGAACCGAAUGUGUGCCAGAAAACAUCCCUCACACCAUUACACCCCCGCCACCAGCCUGUACCGUUGACACCAGGGAGGAUGGGGUAUUGGUGAUUGCAUGCCCACUGGAGCUGCUUCUUGUUGUUUUUAGCUGAUAGGAGUGGAACCCGGUGUGGUCGUCUUCUGCAAUAGCCCGUGUACUGUGUGGUUAUUUGCCUGUUUGCUUGCAUGAAUCUUGCCAUUUCCUGCGACCUCUCUAAUCAAUAAGCUGUUUUUUGCCCACAGGACUGCCACUGACUGGAUGUAUUUUAGUUGUCACACCAUUCUCGGUAAACCCUAGACACUGUCGUGCGUAUAAAGCCAAGGAUGCUGGCCGUGUCUGAGACACUGGAACCGGCGCGCCUGCAAUCAACGAUCAUACCACACUUAAAGUUGCUUCGGUCACUUGUUUUGCCCAUUCUAACGUUCAAUGAACAGUAACUGAAUACCUUGAUGCCUGUCUGCCUGCUUUAUAUAGCAAGCCAUGGCCACGUGACUCACUGUCUGUAGAAGCAAACCAUUUUGGUGAACGGGGUGGUGUACUUAAUAAACUGGCCACCGUGUACGGUACUUGUUAGAUAUCGGGGGCAUCCUGGGAUGUGCGUUUGUAUGUUAUUGCUGUAAGAGAUGAGUUAGGUAGCAUGCUCUAAUUGUAAUGGUCGCAUUUUCUAACUGCUAAUUCACAGUUAUUUCCAUGCUAACAGACGAAUCACGAAUCUACAGCCAUCAAUAUAAUGUUGUCCUGCACAGCUAAUGUACUUCCUUGUGUCUAUCGUCAGCUCUCAGCUGUGCCUGCCUGUCAGGGACCAUGUCAUCUGAAGCAGGGCAGGCUAUAAGACACUUUCCGACCCCAGUGAACAGAAAUCAAUUGCUUUCCAUAGGAGAAAAAGGUCAACCCAGCAGCAAAACCUCAAUAUUACCGGACUUUACAGGACGCAACAGACCCAGAACAUUAUCAUCUGAGAGCCUCGGCAUGUCAUAUGAACGCAUUUUGUCCAUCCAAAGUUUGAGUGAGGUUGAGAACCCAUGGAAAAGCAUUACUCUGAACCGUUGCAUAGUGUUUGCCAUCAUCAUUGUGCUUGUGAGCUCAGGCGUGAAUGAAAUACACGAUGCUCUGGAUGUACUGCUAGAGGAGAAGGAUCUUCCUCAGAUGUUCCUUGGAGGCACGGGUCUACAACCAGACGGCAUAGCUCAGCCUGCAGCCUCUCUGUGGGACAGCUUGCUGAGUUGGGGCUCAGACGAUGGAAGAAAAGGAAAUCCAAAGAGAAGAGGGGGAAUCUUGAGAAUCAGAAACAGAGAUGUGUCUGACAAAGGGCUGUUAAAGGAAUGAUAGAGCAAAUACAUUAUGGAGAAUGGUACAGGAGGGGAAAGAGGAGGAUAGUACAACAAGAAAGGAAAACAUUUUCUGAAGGACUAAUCAAAGUGUGUUUAUUAUGUUGAAAUAUAAGGAUAUAUUGUAGUUAAAAUGUUACUACUGUAAAAAAAAACAUCACAAUGAUCUUAAAUGCACCAUACAGUCUUAUCUGAUCAUGCAUAAAUGUUCUUCAUAUUUAAAGGGUAUACAGAAAUCAAUAAGAUGAGCUGGUUCCUAUCUCGUAUUUGAUGAUCAAUAUAUUCUUUCAGCCUUCAAUACGAUCAUGUGGUGCAAAUUGAUAAUGCACAAAUUGUACUUGAAAGAUCCAAUAUGUGCACUGAGCCAAUGAGUUUUCUAUUUACAUAACUGAGUGACAAAAUGUGUAUUAAAUCAGUAAAUCAGCUAAUAUUUUAGAGAACUAGAUAUGAUAAUGUAUUUACAAUAAACAAAAUAAAUGCACUCGAUGAU